UUGAAUGCUCCCUUCCCUGCUCGCUGCUCCCCGCCGAAGAAUCGUACGCCCGUUCACGGUUCUACUACGACAGGCUACCAGGAAUGUUUGCGUGGUUUUCUAGGAGAGCGUUUUCUACUACGAAUUCUCUGUGUAAAAAACAAGCCGGUCGGUACAAGCCGUCGAAACAUAAGGGCAAACAUCUUACUUACGAGCAAGCCUGUCCGCCCUACUUGAUCGCUCAUUGGAAAUCAUGGCUCUCAUGGAACACUGGCGGUAUGCUCGAUGGAGUUCGCACCGCCGAGACGGUCAUGGACGACAUGUUCAUUAGGAAGUUCAUGUUUGGAACUUUUCAUCGGCUUUUCCUGACUGAAGUCAUCGUGAAAAGAAGGCACAACAUGAUAUACGUCGGAGGUGUAAUCGAUCAAUCUACUCUGCCGCGGAAGAUCUAUUUUCUCACCGGUUACACUGAAGAGCUCCUCAGCUACGUCUUGAAAUGUCCGGUGAAAUUGGAGCUGCAGUCCGUGCCACAUAGAGAUGAUGUCACCUACAGAAUAGUUUGAAGACAACCCAAAUAAAUUAGAUUCGUUC